UUGUCACCGGGGAGGCUCUGACGUCACCCCGCACCUCCUCAGGCCCGCCUCCCGUCCCCUCAGAGGUGGCGGCGCCUCCUUCUCCUCCUUUCACUUUCCUUCUUGGCUGCGGGGCGCUUCUUUCUGUGGCGGGUAGCCGUAGCCUGUGGUUGAGCUUCAGGGUCGCCCGAAGAUGUCUCGCCCGAGCAGCGUCUCCCCGCGGCCUCCGGGGAGCGGCCCUCCGAGCGGGGGUCCCUCCACAGCCUCGGCCGCCUCGUUGUCGUCGUCCUGCUCGGGCAGCGGCCGGGCCAAGGGGCUGAAGGAUAUUCGCAUCGACGAGGAGGUAAAAAUCGCCGUCAACAUCGCCCUGGAGCGGUUCCGAUAUGGGGACCAGCGAGAAAUGGAAUUUCCGUCAUCCUUGACGAGUACUGAAAGAGCCUUCAUUCACCGGCUGAGUCAGUCUCUUGGUCUGAUUUCUAAAAGUAAGGGGAAAGGAGCAAACAGAUAUCUAACUGUGAAGAAAAAAGAUGGAUCUGAGUUGGCACAUACAGUGAUGACAUGUAACUUAAUUCCAAACACAAAACAUGCAAUCAGAAGCCUCGUUCAGCGAUUUCCUGUCACCAAUAAAGAGCGCACAGAGCUACUACCAAAGACUGAGAGAGGAAAUGUAUUUGCUGUUGAAGCUGAGAAUAGAGAAAUGAGCAAAACGAGUGGGAGACUUAACAAUGGCAUCCCUCAAAUCCCAGUGAAAAGGGGAGAAUCAGAAUUUGAUUCCUUUCGGCAGUCUCUACCAGUUUAUGAAAAGCAAGAUGAAAUUGUUAGAAUUAUUAAAGAAAAUAAAGUUAUUUUGAUUGUGGGAGAAACUGGAUCAGGAAAAACUACUCAGAUUCCUCAGUUUCUUCUUGAUGACUGUUACAAAAAUGGAAUUCCAUGUCGCAUAUUUUGCACUCAGCCUAGACGGUUGGCAGCAAUUGCUGUGGCUGAAAGGGUUGCUGGUGAAAGAAGAGAGAAGAUUGGGCAGACGAUUGGCUAUCAGAUCCGACUGGAAAGCAGGGUUUCUCCAAAGACACUGUUAACAUUUUGCACCAAUGGUGUAUUACUUCGUACACUAAUGGCAGGAGAUAGUGCACUGUCAACUGUAACUCAUGUUAUUGUGGAUGAAGUCCAUGAGAGGGAUCGGUUCAGUGACUUCUUGCUAACAAAAUUAAGAGAUACAUUGCAGAAACAUUCAACUCUGAAACUCAUACUUUCUAGUGCUGCUCUGGAUGUGAACCUCUUUGUAAGAUACUUUGGAGGCUGUCCAGUAAUAUAUAUACCAGGAAGGCCAUUUGAAGUAAAGGAGAUGUUUCUAGAAGACCUAUUAAGAAGUACAGGUUAUACAAAUAAAGAGAUGAUAAAAUACAAAAAGGAAAAACAACGAGAGGAAAAGCAACAGACAACUCUGACAGAAUGGUAUUCUGCUCAGGACAACAGCAAGCCGGAAUCACAACGGCAGAGAGCAAUUCCCAAUGUAGCUGAAGAAUAUGAUCUAUUGGAUGAUGGUGGUGACACAGUUUUCAGUCAGUUGGCUGAAAAAGAUUUCAAUUGCCUUGAACCUUGGUUAAUUAAAGAAAUGGAUGCUUGUCUCUCUGAUAUUUGGUUGCACAAAGAUAUAGAUGCCUUUGCACAAGUGUUCCACCUUAUUUUAACUGAAAAUGUCAGUGUUGAUUACAGACACAGCGAGACAAGUGCAACAACUUUAAUGGUAGCUUCUGGAAGAGGUUUCCUGAGUCAAGUAGAACAGUUGAUUGGUAUGGGAGCAAAUGUUCACAUCAAAUCAUCCAAUGGCUGGACAGCUUUGGAUUGGGCCAAACACUUUGGACAGACAGAAGUGGUUGACUUGUUGGAUUCCUACUGCGCAUCACUAGAGUUUGGAAAUCUAGAUGAAAGUUCUUUGGUCCACGCAAAUGCUGGUGAGCUUAGUGCAGAAGACAGAGAACUCUUGAAAGCGUAUCAUCACAGUUUUGAUGAUGAAAAAGUAGAUCUUGACCUGAUUAUGCACCUGCUAUACAACAUCUGUCAUAGCUGUGAUGCAGGAGCAGUUUUAAUUUUCCUACCUGGAUAUGAUGAGAUUGUUGGCUUGAGGGAUCGCAUAUUGUUUGAUGACAAGAGGUUUGCUGAUAAUGCUCACAGAUUCCAAGUUUUUAUGCUGCAUUCAAAUAUGCAAACUUCAGAUCAGAAGAAGGUGCUCAAGACCUCGCCCCCAGGGAUCCGCAAAAUAAUACUCUCUACAAAUAUUGCUGAAACAAGCAUCACAGUUAAUGAUGUUGUCUUUGUGAUUGACUCUGGAAAAAUGAAAGAGAAGUCCUUUGAUGCACUCAACUGUGUCACUAUGCUCAAGAUGGUAUGGAUUUCUAAAGCGAGUGCUGUUCAGAGAAAGGGCAGGGCAGGACGUUGUAGGCCUGGAAUUUGUUUCCGGCUUUUCAGUAGACUCCGAUUUCAGAAUAUGCUGGAAUUCCAGACUCCAGAACUUCUAAGGAUGCCUUUACAGGAGCUUUGUUUGCAUACAAAAUUGCUAGCCCCCAUCAACUGUCCUAUUGCUGACUUCUUAAUGAAAGCUCCAGAGCCGCCACCUGCACUAAUUGUGAGAAAUGCAGUGCAGAUGCUUAAGACCAUAGAUGCUAUGGAUACAUGGGAGGAUCUGACAGAACUGGGCUAUCAUCUGGCUGACUUACCAGUAGAGCCCCAUCUUGGUAAAAUGGUGCUGUGUGCUGUUGUUCUGAAAUGCCUGGAUCCUAUUCUGACCAUUGCAUGCACUCUUGCAUAUCGAGACCCUUUUGUGCUACCUACGCAGGCCUCUCAAAAGCGUGCAGCCAUGCUGUGCAGAAAACGAUUUACCGCAGGAACAUUUAGUGACCAUAUGGCCCUUCUUCGGGCUUUCCAGGCAUGGCAGAAGGCGCGAAGUGAUGGUUGGGAAAGAGCUUUUUGUGAGAAAAAUUUCCUUUCUCAGGCAACAAUGGAGAUUAUCAUAGGCAUGAGAACACAGUUGCUUGGGCAGCUCAGAGCGUCAGGUUUUGUUAGAGCCAGAGGUGGAGGUGAUAUAAGAGAUGUUAAUACAAAUUCAGAGAACUGGGCUGUGGUCAAAGGUGCCUUAGUGGCUGGAAUGUAUCCCAAUAUAGUCCAUGUUGACAGAGAGAAUGUUGUCUUGACGGGGCCAAAGGAAAAAAGAGUCCGCUUUCAUCCUACUUCAGUUCUUAGCCAGCCUCAGUAUAAAAAGAUUCCUCCCGCAAAUGGACAAGUGGCAGCUAUUCAGGCACUGCCUACGGAUUGGCUUAUAUAUGAUGAAAUGACGAGAGCUCACAGAAUAGCCAACAUCAGGUGCUGCUCAGUUGUGACUCCUGUCACUGUGGCCCUCUUUUGUGGAUCAGCUCGGUUGCCAAGUAAUGCUUUACAGGAGCCUUCGUCCUUCAGAGUGGAUGGUGUUGCUAAUGACAGUAGUGAUAGUGAGAUGGAAGACAGAACAACCGCUAACUUGGCUGCGCUGAAACUGGAUGAAUGGCUCAGUUUCAAAUUAGAUCCUGAGGCUGCUAGCCUGCUCCUCCAACUGAGACAGAAAUGGCACAGUUUAUUUCUACGACGAAUGAGAGCUCCUUCAAAGCCCUGGUCCCAAGUUGAUGAGGCAACUAUACGAGCCAUCAUUGCAGUCUUAAGCACUGAAGAACAAUCUGCAGGUCUACAGCAGCCUUCAGGAAUUGGUCAGCGACCAAGACCCAUGUCAUCAGAAGAACUUCCAUUAGCAUCUUCAUGGAGGUCAAACACUAGCCGAAAAAGCUCAGCAGAAGCAGAAUUUGUAGAUGAUCCUUUUAAUGCUGAGAGAAAUCCCCCCAAAACAACUUUAAACUACGAUAUAAACAAAGAACAGAACAAUACAAUAUUGAGAGUCCUCAUGAAAUCUGCAUCUCCAGCAUUUCACCAACCUCUGAAAUAUAAAGAGAGAAGCGUUCUGCAUUCCAAACGAAGCACAGAUGACAGAUUAGACCAGUCAUCUGUGAAAUCCACAGAUAGUAGUACUUUCCCCAGUCCCUGUGCUAGUCCUUCUCCUCCAUCAUCUGGGAAGGGUUCCAAGUCUCCUUCUCCAAGGCCAAAUAUGCCAGUUCGGUACUUUAUUAUGAAAAGUAGCAACCUGAGGAACCUUGAGAUUUCACAGCAGAAGGGGAUUUGGUCUACAACCCCAAGUAAUGAGCGAAAACUGAAUCGAGCUUUUUGGGAGAGCAGUGUUGUUUAUUUGGUGUUUUCAGUUCAGGGAUCAGGACACUUUCAGGGUUUUGCUCGAAUGUCUUCAGAAAUUGGACGCGAGAAAAGUCAGGAUUGGGGUUCUACUGGUUUAGGGGGAGUGUUCAAGGUGGAAUGGAUCCGGAAAGAAAGUCUUCCCUUUCAAUUUGCUCACCACUUACUCAACCCUUGGAAUGACAACAAGAAAGUACAGAUAAGCCGAGAUGGCCAGGAACUGGAACCUCAGGUUGGUGAACAGUUGCUACAGCUGUGGGACCGUAUUCCUUUAGGGGAGAGAAAUGCAGCAGAUUGAAAAUGUGGUGGAAGCAUUGAGGAGUGCAUUCUCUUUUGAGAGCUGUAGCCUGUGUGAAAUGUUUAAUCUGCUAAAAAAAUCAACACACCUUCAGGAAAGAGAUGCCACAAUGAACUGAAUCCUGGAAUUCCUCUAGUGCAAGCUGCAUGUAUGCUAGUUUGAAGGGAAAAGUGCAGCCUGCUUUUAUUUUUAGUGAGAAUUUGGUUCUGACUGCUUCACUUUGAAGUUUGCAAUGCUAAACUUAGGACACCAAAGCAGACUGAAACCACUGGGGAACUUUGAAUAGUGUUGUAACUAUUUCAUAUUUCUUUCAGAAGAAAAAAGUCUGGAAAAAUGAAUAGUACUCACCGGUCUUGCUUACUCACCCUGUUCAAACAGUGCUCGAAGAAAAACAAAUCUAGGUACAGCUUUGAAGUUGGGAAGUCUGAGGACUAAACACUGAGUAGACACAUUACAAUGAAGAGAAUUUCCCCUCAAAAAUUUAUUUUUCGGAAAGCUGACUUCAGGGACUUUGAUUAUAUUCUUUGCCUAUUAUGCACUCUUAAACAUGGCCAUUUAUUUUGUUCUGAUUUCAUUGCACAUAAACCAAGAACAAGCUGUUCAGCACUGAAGUAAAAGGGCAUUUUGAGAAACUAUUUGGCACUGGCUAUAUCAUAAUUUCUGUCCCCAGCCAGCACUGGAAAUUUGUUUCUCCUUUCCCAUAUUACAUAUAUGACUUGUAUGUCCCUUUUCUUUUUUUCACUUCAGUUUUCUUCUGAUUUUAUUUUAGGUGCCUCCUACUUUAUGCCUAUGUUAGAUACAUUGUACUUUGCCUGUACAACUCUAGUAUCCCUGUCACAACAGUUUAUCUCUAAUUGUUUCGGAAAAUGUUGGCCAAAUCAGCAGCUAUCCAAGAAGGAAAGGAGAAAUUAAAAUAGAAGGGAUACUGUGUAUGUUACUUUACUAAGCUUAGAAUGGGGAGAUAAUUCAAGAGGAGUACAAUUAUUGAGCAGUCUUGAUAGCUAACACACAAGGGAUUAGGGAUGUGUGUAGAACAGGAUUUGCAAUCCAUUCUGAGCUCGGAAUGGAACGCAAAUGCCUGUAACAUUCCAUUGGAAAAACCGGUCGAGUCAGUUCUGAUGGAACGAACAUGGAACGUUUCGAGUGUUCCAAGUGCCAUUUUGGAGGCCUGUUUUCCCCUUCCUGACUGGUUUUGGCACUGGCUUCCAGUUGGCUUGCUAUCUUCUUGCUUGGCUUGUUAUACAAAUUGAGUUGAUUUGUAUGAUAAGCCAACCAAGAAGCAAGGAGAAUGCAAGCCAGUUGGAAGCCAUUGCCAAAAACAGGCCUCCAAAAUGGUGCUCAGAACACUCAAAACGUUUCCACUCAGAACAGGGUGCUUCAUUCCAAGCUCAAAACAGGCUCUUCAUUUGAAGGACGUUCUGUUUUGAGUUCAAAAUAGCCCGCUUUGAGUUAGAACGUUUCAAGCUUGAAACAUUCUGCACAUCCCUACAAGGGAUGCCAGUUAUUUCUUACAAACACUAAGUGAAAAGAAAAAAACAUAAUGAAUGGCUUCUGUAGAAAUGUGGGAAAAGUGAAUGUUUUUGUUCUUGGAGGAAUACUAUAUUAGCAUCUUAACAAAGAUUCUGGAUUUGAAUUCAGUGUCUUUGCAUUUUAGUGUUAGCUUUUAACAUUUUUAUGAAUUGAUUGACUUAUUUGUACCUCCUAACCACAUACAAUUAGGUACCUUUUGUACAUCUAUGUAGCAUUCUCCUUUUCUUCCUAACUGUGAUCUUGGUCAUAUUUUGAAUUGACCUCUUUGAGUUUUAAGUUGGAAAUAAGAUGUUAAGAAUAAAGUUGUUUUGUUUAGCUUUGUGGUGGUCUGGAGCAAUUUGUAACUUUGCAGUAGAGGAUCACCUGAGGUCUUUGAUUGAUCAUCCUCUGUAGUUUAUAUAUAUCAGCAGUAAUUCUUGUUCUUCAGAUACCACAAAUAAACACAUUGCAAUAAACUGUAAUACACCUUGAUACUGGUACAAAUCCAUAGGAAUGUUGUCUUGUAUGUUUCUUCUUAAAUGUUUACAAGAUCAAGAUUUACACGUGGCCAUUCUGGAGCAUAGAGUAUGAUAAAUGGCAUGCCUUUUGCUAUUGGCUGGUAAUUUCUAAAGCACAAAGUAAUGGUAAAUUUUUGAAAAUGUAAUGAAAAUGAGUGGAUUUUUCACCCUCUCAAUAAAGCUACAUAGAGAGAUAUUUA